AUGAAGGACGAGGUGCUGGUGGCAGCGACCACGCCGGCGCGCCGCGAGGAGGAGGCUCGUCUUCCUCCUAAGGCCGGUUCGCAGGAGAAAGAGGCCAUGCCAGGGCGUCAUGGUCGACAGAAGGGGGGCCAUGGCAAGUGCAAGGGAGGCAAGCUUCCUCCGGCGAAGAACAUGAUGACUGAAGAGGAGGUGAGGUCCAUCCUGUCGUGGGAAAGGACUGCCCCCUUCGACCGGAAGAAGAGCAAGUACGCCGGUUUCUUCAACAAGUUGAGGGACGAAAACUUCAAGUACCAGCAGGAGAUCAGGGAUGAGUAUGAGGAGAAGGGCUACGUGGAGAUCCCCGACAACUUCCGGGAAGACAACAAGAGAAUCAACCAUGAAGCUCACAGGAGGGCGUACCUCAAGGUGUUUGGCACCGAACCGCCAGCUAAGCUCUACUCCUAG